UUAAUAUACUUAUGACGGUAGAACAUUUGAAAAGCUGAAUUUGAUUGAAUAAGAUAAUUACAGUUAAAAUAUUGAUAAGUUACUCUAUUGCCAGUUUAUACUAUUUGUUUUGGUGGAUACUAUAACACGUAUUUUCACGUAUACUGACCCCCGUUAGCUCUAUGGUUCAGUCCAUCUUUACGGUUCCUGCUUAUGAGAGUCAACCUGUCUGUCUGCUUUUACAACUUCUAGUUUUAACCGUCAAAUUUAAGAAAGUUGCCCACAAUCGCGAUAUGGCAGCCGCUGUGGCUCCCCGAACACAUCGGAAGGAUAAUGUCAACUAUAACUUACAUUUCCGAAUGAUAAACGAGCAACAAGUGGACGAUAUCUGCCUUGAUUUCUUCUAUAAACCACACACCAUCACACUCCUGACUGUCACUUUGCUCAGCCUCAUGUACUUUGCGUUUACAAGAAAUGAUGAGCAAUCUGACAACAACCUCCGAGUUGGACUUUUGGUGGUUGUUUCCUUCUUCUUGGUCAUCAGUGUCCUGGCCUUGCCUAAUGGACCUUUUACCAGGCCACACCCUGCAAUAUGGCGAAUGGUGUUCGGCCUCAGUGUUCUGUACUUCCUGUUUCUGGUCUUCCUCCUCUUCCUUAAUUGGGAUCAAGUAAAGAUACUGAUGUACUGGGUGGACCCAAAUCUGCGCUAUGCCACACGGGAAGCCGAUAUCAUGGAAUAUGCUGUGAACUGUACAGUGAUAACAUACGAGCGGCUCCUGAGCCACUUCGACAUCUUCGCAUUCGGCCACUUUGCAGGCUGGGCCUUGAAGGCUCUGCUCAUCCGCAACUACAGCCUCUGUUGGACCAUCAGCAUCACCUGGGAGCUCACUGAGCUGUUCUUUAUGCACCUGCUGCCAAACUUUGCGGAGUGCUGGUGGGAUCAGGUGAUACUGGACAUCCUGUUGUGUAAUGGAGGAGGCAUCUGGCUGGGUAUGACCGCCUGCCGGUUUUUGGAGAUGAGGACCUACCACUGGGCCAGCAUCAAGGAAAUCCACACCACUACAGGGAAGAUAAAGCGAGCGGUGCUCCAGUUCACCCCGGCCAACUGGACUUACGUGCGCUGGUUUGAUCCAAAGUCCUCCUUUCAGAGGCUCGCAGGCAUCUAUCUCUUUAUGGUCCUAUGUCAGCUGACAGAGUUGAACACAUUCUUCCUCAAGCACAUAUUCGUCUUUCAGGCAUGUCACCCUCUCAGCUGGUGUCGCAUCCUCCUCAUUGGAGCCAUCACUGCACCCACUGUACGACAAUAUUUUGCGUACCUGACAGACACUCAAUGUAAACGAGUUGGCACACAAUGCUGGGUGUUUGGGGCCAUCACUUUCCUUGAGGCUCUUGCUUGUGUGAAAUUUGGUCACGACUUGUUUUCCAAGACACAAAUUUGCCAUGUUCUCCUGUGGCUGCUUUGUCUGGCACUCAUCACACUUCUUUGUUUAUAUGGGAUGAUGUGGUAUGAGCAAAAUAGAAUGAAGAGCAUUUCUGUACAAAGUGAAGACUGCAAUGACAGCAGUGUUGUCGACUCGUGUGGUUUUGUCCCAGAAGGCGUUUCAGCUCAGAGGGAUUCAUUGAGAAGUUUACAACCUACAAAACGGAGACGAGCUUCUGGGAGGAAUAGAUUUGUGAAUGGCCAUGGUGGAAAGAAACAAUAAACAACAGCAAAUUCACGUCCUCUGUGAAAGGAUGACGGAUGCACCUAACAAGGGGAAUACAGUAGGCACCUAAUUUUACUGAAGACAUGUUGUAAAGGUUGCAUCAAGGGUUUACUAAACCCUAGAACGCAGACUCUAAACAGCGUCACAUCAACAAAUAUGAGCUGAAAGCAUAAGCAGCACUAACAUAUCUUAAUACUGUAUGACAAGGACAAAAUGGGUCUUGGUUUUAAUCUCAGAUAUUUCAACAGAUUUAAAUAAUCAAGGAAUAUGCACUGGAUUGUUAAAAGAGAAGAUGGCCUUAUUUAGACCAUGAGUACUAGUAUCUUAGCCUCAUCAUCGUACUACACCCAACAUUUUCUACCUUAAAUUACUAAAUAUUGUUUGGGUGCUUUGCACUGUGGGAUACUUUAUGUCCAGUCAGGGUUGUGCCAAACCAGCACUACCUCUUUGACUGCUGUGUUUUUUUUAUUAUUAAUAUAACUGUGUACUAAAUGUAAUACCUUUACUAGAAAACUGAAGAUCACAGCAUUUUAUAAAUUAUUUGAAUUGGUGAUGAUUAUUUGUUAAUAUUGUUGAGUUAAUAUAUUUGUGUUCACAUAUAAUUGCCAAAAUCUGUAAUACAGUAAUGCAGUGGUUUUCAACCUUUCUGUGGCCACACCAAAGACCAAGCCAAAAUCUCAAGGCACACCUGUUUUCAUAUCUGGGCAAAAUACCCUCUAUAACAGUGUUUCUCAAACAGGUUUGUGCGACGGGACGGGGGGUGCUGGUGCGUAGUUCACUCCUCUCCUUUCCUCCGCUAUGUAGGUGUGUGUGGGGAGGAGGGAAUGUGAAUGUGCAAGGCAAGAAAAAAAAGAACUUGAAUUUCAGGGGGCGCGGGGUUCC